UUUAGGAAGUGGUUUCACUUGGCCAAUUCCUGGAGUGACAGUAGAGUCGAGUCAAGUUUUUGGCGCCGUUGCCGGGGACGGCUAGGUUGUUGAAGAAAAGUGAUUUCUGUUAAUUUAGCUUUUCUUUUUGCUUUGUUUUCUAUGUCCCACUUGUGCCUUCACGGGUUUGUUGCUUGAGUGUGUGCAGGUAGUGCAUGACCCGUAGCCAGUCGGGAGGUUUACUGCCGUUGAAUCCAGAGAUUGACCGCACCUGUCGCCAGCUCAGGAGACAACAGCGAGCUAGACUGGCUACGGAAGAGCGCAUAGACGGCCACCUGAGCAGCGAUUCUGAAGAAGAGCCCGGGAUGGACGGAGACUACAACCAACACCAGGGGAAUCCACAGCAGGUUCCCCCGGUGAAUCAGGUCCUGGGGAACAACCCCAUACCCCAGGAUCAUGGAGCUCAUCAUCCACCGCAGCCGGGUCCCACCUUGGAGUACUACUACACUCCUCGGAUUGCUGACAUCCGCCCGGUCAUCCUCUACCCGCCGAUCCCAGCAAACAACUUCGAGAUCAAGCCAUGCUGGAUUCAGCUCAUCACAUCCUCGAUCCAGUUUCAUGGCUUGAAGGAUGAGGAGGCCAGGGUACAUCUGUCCCAUUUUCUGCAGCUGACAAACGGGUUCAAGCUGAACGGUGUUCCCGAUGAUGCGAUCCGCCUUCAUCUCUUCCCCCAUUCUCUGGCGGGGAAUGCUAAGAGGUGGUUGGAGACCCAGCCCCCAUUGUCCAUCACCUCUUGGGAGGAUCUGGCUGACAAGUUCGUGCACCGGUACUAUCCGGCAUCGAAGACUAUAGAGAUUCAGCGGGAGAUCACUCACUUCCGCCAGGAUCCAGAUGAGUCACUCCGUGAUGCUUGGGAGCGGUACAUGGGCUACUUCUGGCAGUGCCCCCACCAUGGCUUUAGUGAUGCUUUCACUGUGGGGAACUUCUACAGUGCUCUCUCCUCAGAUAGCCAGAGGGUGAUUGAGUCUUUAUGCCCAGGAGGGGAUGUUCUCACCAAGACUCCACCCGAGCUGAAUCAGAUGAUUAAUACAUUGGCUGCCAGAGAUCAUUCUUGGGGGCAGAGCAGCAGAGGCAGACAUUCCAGGGACCGUGGUAUGCACGCCAUGGAGACCAGAUCCGGGCUCGAGCAGCAGGUAGCUGAGCUAGUGCAGACAUUGAAGCAGCCCAACAGUCUUAUUCCGGGCAGAGGCAUGGCUACACCUUCAGUUUCUCAGUGUCAGUGGUGUGAGAGCUCGAGCCACUUAGUAGAAGACUGCCAGGCUAUGAGGGAGUCUACUACCCCCCAAGAGCAGUUGGACUUCAUCGCCAAUGCUCAGCGCCUCGACCCGUACAGCAACACCUAUAAUGAGGGGUGGCGCCAGCAUCCCAACUUCUCUUGGGGCAGUAACACCACCAAGCCACCUGGUUUCCCAGCACCAGCUGGUGGCUUUCAGCAGAGGCAGCCCUAUCAGCCUCGACAGGGCCCAGUUCCACAGCAGCAGCCCUACCAGCCUCGACAAGGGCCAGUUCCACAGCAGCAGCCCUACCAGCCUCGGCAAGGGCAACCCUUCCAGCAGCCCCAGCGCCAGUUCGCCGAGCCAGCAGCAGCUCCAGCUCCAGAUACUCAGAUGACGAAGCUGGAAAAUAUUCUAGCUUCAUUUAUGACGAGCACUCAGGCGACUAUCACGAGGUUGGACCAGAGUGUAGCCUCACUGGAGGCAGGUCAGAGGAACCAGGGUGCCAUUUUGCAGGAUCUGCAGACCCAGGUGGGCAUCUUGGCCCGCCAGAACACCACCAGGGCACCGGGGACUCUGCCUGCCACCACUGUCCUGAAUCCUCGGGAUCCUCACCAGCUCCAGCAGCUUGAUGCCAUCACUACCAGGAGUGGCAAGACCACAUCAGCUGCUCCUGCCCAGCCCAGUCGAGAUGAUCCACUCCCUGCCUCAACACUUCCAGCUGAUACUGCAGACGUGGGGGAAGACACAACAACGCCUGCUCCCAAGCCACAGCCAGUGGUUAAGGAGCAUGUACCUCAGCUUCCUUUCCCCACUCGCCUGCAUAAAGACAGACUGGAGACUGAGUUUGCCAAGUUCAUGGCAAUGUUGAAGCAGGUCAACAUCAGCAUGCCGUUCGUGGAGGCACUGUCGAAGAUGCCCAAGUAUGCCAAGUUCAUGAAGGACCUCCUCACCAACAAGAAGAAACUUGGGGAUCUUUCGACAGUGAUGCUGAGCGAGGAGUGUUCUGCCAUCCUGCAGAACAAGCUGCCUUAGAAGCGAAAAGACGCAGGGAGUUUCACUAUCCCUCUCAUUAUUGGCAGCAUGCAUGUAGGGAAGUCCUUGGCGGACCUAGGCACUAGCAUCAAUGUCAUGCCUUAUAAAUUGUUUAAGAAGCU